GAAACGCUCCUGGAGGAGAGGGGCGGGCGCUGAUGCCCGGCUGCAAGAUGGCCGCCACCGCUCGGCAGCCGCCGCCCGGGAGGUUACUCUAAGGCCCGCAGUUUCCCUCCGUUCCCGCUGAACGCCGCAGCCUCCUUACCAUGAAGCCAGUGAGUCGCCGCACCCUGGACUGGAUUUAUUCAGUGUUGCUUCUCGCGAUCGUAUUGCUCUCCUGGGGAUAUGUCAUCUAUGCAUCAACAGUAGUCGCACGACGACAGCUAAGCAAGAAAUACCCAGACAAAAUCUUGGGGAUGAAUGAGAAUUUGUAAUUCUUCUGGAUUUAAUUCUGUGCAUAUAGUUCUUUACCUCAUGCUUAUAUGACACGUGUGUAUAUUUAAAGUAAAAUCCAUUAUGCAGAGUUUCCAA